UUUCGUUUUUCCUUUUCAAUUCCCUUUUUUAUUAGUGUUCCUUCGUCCAUAGCCAACCAAAAUCUGAUUCUCUUCUUCUCUUCUCUUCUUCUCCACUCACUCACUCUACAUUUCUCCAAUUACCCACUGCCCUAAUCCUCCCUCUCAUGACGACGCCGUCGUCAUUCGCCGCCUCCACCUCCUCCGUCUUCACCGAUCCCACGGUUCAGAUUCCUACCUUCCAUGGCCUUAAAUCCUCCACUUCCCUUGCUUUGGCCAGACAUCUCCGCCUCUUCGCCCCUUCUACUUCCUCUUCUUCCUCUUCCCGUCCUCUGCUUGUUCGAGCUGUCUCCACGCCUGCGAAGCCAGGGGUUGCUGCUGAGCCAAAGCGUAGUAAGGUUGAAAUUUUCAAAGAACACAGUAAUUAUAUAAGAUACCCUCUUAAUGAGGAGUUGUUAACGGAUGCCCCUAACAUAAAUGAGGCUGCCACACAAUUGAUCAAAUUCCACGGGAGCUAUCAGCAGUAUAAUAGGGAAGAGCGUGGACAGAGGUCUUAUUCAUUCAUGCUUCGUACCAAGAAUCCUUGUGGGAAAGUGUCGAACCAAUUGUACUUAACAAUGGAUGAUCUUGCUGAUCAAUUUGGAAUUGGAACACUUCGUCUAACCACCAGGCAAACAUUUCAGCUACAUGGAGUUCUCAAGAAGGAUCUGAAGACAGUUAUGAGCUCCAUUAUUAGAAGCAUGGGUUCAACUCUUGGUGCUUGUGGUGAUCUGAACAGGAAUGUUCUUGCUCCAGCUGCUCCACUCGUGAGAAAAGAUUACCUUUUUGCACAGCAAACUGCAGAAAACAUUGCUUCUUUGUUAACUCCUCAAUCAGGAUUUUAUUAUGAUAUGUGGGUAGAUGGGGAGAGAUUCAUGUCAUCAGAACCUCCAGAAGUGGUGGAGGCACGUAAUGACAAUUCUCAUGGAACGAAUUUUCCAGAUUCUCCUGAGCCUAUUUAUGGAACUCAAUUUCUCCCUCGAAAAUUUAAAAUUGCAGUGACUGUGCCAACAGAUAACUCUGUUGAUAUUCUGACAAAUGAUAUUGGCGUUGUUGUCAUUUCUGAUGCUGAGGGGGAGCCUCAAGGAUUCAACAUAUAUGUUGGAGGAGGCAUGGGAAGAACUCAUAGAGUUGAUACCACUUUCCCUCGAUUGGGGGAGCCAUUAGGCUACGUUCCAAAGGAAGAUAUUUUAUAUGCAGUUAAAGCUAUUGUAGUUACACAACGUGAAAAUGGUAGAAGAGAUGAUCGCAAAUAUAGUAGACUAAAAUAUCUGAUCGGUUCCUGGGGGAUUGAAAAAUUUAGGAGUGUUGUAGAGCAAUAUUAUGGGAAGAAAUUUGAACCCUUUCGCGAAUUACCAGAGUGGAAGUUUGAAAGUUACUUGGGGUGGCAUGAACAGGGGGAUGGUCACUUAUAUUGUGGACUACAUGUUGAUAGUGGUCGUAUUGCUGGGAAAAUGAAAAAGACUUUAAGAGAGGUGAUAGAGAAAUAUAAUUUGGAUGUUCGGAUUACCCCAAAUCAAAACAUUAUCCUGACCAACAUUCGCAGUGCGUGGAAGCGACCCAUUUCCACAGUUCUUGCACAAAGUGGCCUGCUGCACCCAAGGUUUGUAGAUCCCCUUAACAUAACUGCGAUGGCAUGUCCAGCUAUGCCACUUUGUCCUUUGGCAAUAACAGAAGCUGAGAGAGGAAUUCCAGAUAUCCUUAAGCGAGUUCGAGCUGUAUUUGAAAAGGUUGGUCUGAAGUACAGUGAAUCUGUUGUCAUAAGGAUAACUGGUUGCCCAAAUGGUUGUGCCCGGCCUUAUAUGGCUGAACUUGGAUUGGUAGGCGAUGGUCCUAACAGCUACCAGAUAUGGCUUGGGGGAACACCCAAUCAAACGUCACUGGCAAGGACUUUUAUGGAUAAGGUUAAGAUCCAGGACCUUGAAAACGUUUUGGAACCUUUAUUUUAUCAUUGGAAGCGCAAACGGCACUCUAAAGAAUCGUUUGGUGCCUUCGCAAACCGCUUGGGGUUUGAGAAGCUUAAAGAGCUAGUUGAAAAAUGGGAUGGUCCUGUUCUUUCACCAGCACGUUACAACCUGAAGCUUUUUGCUGACAAAGAUACAUAUGAGGCCAUGGAUGACCUUGCAAAGCUUCAGAAUAAGAAUGCCCAUCAAUUAGCAAUGGAAGUAAUCCGCAACUACGUGGCUGCUCAACACAAUGGGAGGACCGAAUGAUUUGGUAAGAGAGUGUUUAAAUUUUGUCGCCUUAGAAGCUGAUGUUAAAAAAGGGUGAAUGAGUCUAGUCAUUUUCUCCUUGAGCUUGUUACUGUUUUGUAACAGCUGGAAUGAAUGGAUACUGCUGGAUUUGGUAUAAUUUUGUACCCAAAGUUAAUUGUUUGUCUGCAUGAGCUUUGUAUUUACGGUUUUCUUGGAUCUCUGUAUCUUAUUAUUUUAAGGUUGCUUCUAAUAAAAUUACCUCCUUUCCAGCU